AUGUCAUCGCCCCGAUUCUCAUCACUUCCUGGCCCUGCCGGCGCCAUGUUCAGCGACAACGGCAUCGCACACGCAGUUGUUCUCCCCUCCAACUCCAAGAUCGUCAUCACAUCCGGCGAGCCUGGCCUGGAUCUCGAUACCGGCAAGGUCGUGACUUCAUCUGUCGAGGCUCAAUUCCGCGCCGCGUUCAACACCGUGGAUGCUGCAUUAAAGAACGCUGGUGUGAAGAAAGGCGUCAAGGCAGUACACAAGUUUACCGUUUUGAUGAUUGACAUGAAGGAGGAAGAUAUUUUGAUGAAGAUUUGGCAGGAGGUGGCCCCAGGCCAGCAGGCAGUUUUCAUGGCAUUCGGCGUUAACCACCUGGGCUUGGAGGGAAUGCGUAUUGAACUCCGUGCCGAGGCUAUUCUCGAGGAGUAG